CCGAAAUCUCAAAAUUUCCCAUGGUCGAAGCAGGACUUUUCCGUUCGGGUCAUAAAACUGCUUGUCUUAUCCAUUUUACGUUUACGAACGAAUAAGUACAUUUCUUAGAAGAGCUUAUGCUCAAAAAUACGCAUGUUGCGAAAGCAUACUUUGGUGCCUGGCGCAUUGCAAUAUUUCCAGAAAUGUUUUCUUUAUAUUCGAGGAUCUAUGAGAAACCCAUGUCAUGCUUGGUAAUUAUUAACUUUCUACUAGUUCAAAUGCUGUUUGCAUUGUAGCGCCUAAGUAGUUGCCCAAUAAUACGUCACGAGCCACUAGUUUUGACAAGUCAACGAUGUCAAAGUAACAGGAGAGAUGACAUUAUGGCAGCGAUAAGUCAUCAUUCAUUAAGUGUGUCACAUUGCGACACCUCACUAGUCAUGAGGCAUGGGAACGCCUAUUAUGCUAUGUUCUCAGCACCAUGGUGUCUCCCCUGCAAAGGGGUCAAACCUACAUUCUAUGAGCUGGCAAAGAAAUACCCACAUAUAAAAUUCCUUGAUGUUGACAUAGACGAAAUGCAAGAGAUGGCCGCCGAGAUGGGAGUUAUAGCCAUACCAAUGCUUUUUUACUAUAGAAAUGGCGUUGUUGUCGAUUCAAUUUGCGGGAAAAACACCAAAGACAUAACUAAGAGAACAGAAGAAUACGUAAAAACGCUGGCUCAAAAGGAGAAGAGCAACACCACGUAGUCAAAUGAAACUGUACUACUCAAUAAAGUAUACCGUGGUCCAUACAUAGAUUCAGCUUCAGUUUAUGCCUUAUAAUUCUAAUAACGGUUUGAGGGAAAAAAGUCAGCUCAGA